GUCGCUGUCAAUACUCACUCAGUCUAAUGAACAUUUUUUUCCAUAAAACUUUUUAGUAUUAGUGAAUUUCAUGACAUUUUUCAUUUCAUAGAUAGUAUAUUGAAAGAAAAGACAAAAAAAAAAUUGUGAUCAUCUCGAAAAACUUGUUUAUGUGCUCAAAUUAUUACACGUUACUACAGAUGAUAAGCCAAAUGAUAUAAUUUAUCCAAGUAAAAAUUCUAUAACACGUUGAACUUUCAUUUACUUUAUACGCUUCGCGAUGAAAAAUCAAUUACCGAAUGGCAAUACUUAACCAAGCUACAUUAUUCCGAGCAUUUAGAUAGAUAAAAAAUUAUAUGAGUAGUGUUUUUUACAUUUAAAAACAAGAAGAUUGCAAAUAAUACUCAUUUUGCGCAAUUUUCCGUUCAUUCUUCGAAUAAAAUCUCGAAUCUUCUGUUCAGUUUAUUUAUACGUACUCGUAAUAGUCUCAUGAGUUUGAAUCUUUUUUGGGGAAUGGCUUGAAGCAUUUCUUUAAACAGUGCAAUCACGACUAUUCUUCUCAAAAAUGUAGCUCACUACAAUGCCGAUGUUUAUGCUCUAAAGAUAGAAUUCAACACAUCGAAGUCAAUACACUCAAAAGAUUUUCAGCAUGUGCCUACAUCAUAUUAACUAGCAUACUGGCAUUUUUCGAAGUUUUGGAAUGUGAAAAAACGAUAAAUUCGUUCAAGACGACAGUACAAAACAUUUAAUCAAAUAAUAUUUUCACAAUAUCAGAGAAUCCAAUGUGUUCUUAUGAUAUGAAUUAUUAAAAGAAGUUUUGUGGACUCCCGAAGUUGUGUGUACAAUUGCAAAAUGCUAUUGAUAUUCUGCAAAAAUGGCCUAAGGGCAUUUUUUUUCCGCUUCCCACUUUUGAUAGUUAUAGCCAUAUUUUUAUGCUACAUGUUUGCGGUUCCUCAUGUAUAUGCAAGACACCCAUCUGCACAAGCCAUAGUUGAUUCAUGGGCUUCACAAUUUGGCGAUGAAUUAAAUUGGUUGGCGAAAAACAUGACAAAGGCCGAUGAAAUAAAAAAACAAUAUAAAGAAAAUAAUGCUAAAGUAGAAGACAAAGGAGAGUUAAUUCAAGAUGCUGUUGAAAAUGUAGGACGAAUGUUCCGAAGAAAAACAGUCGCGGUUCGGUGCAUAGCUAACAAAGCUGAAGAAUUAGCUGAAGAAUUUGCUAAGAACUUUACCCACAUGAAUGAGACAACGGAGAAAGAACUUAAAAAUCUUCGAACCAAUUAUCAAUAUUAUUCCAGUAAAUAUUCAGUUAUCAAUGGGAUUCCAUGUACAAACCGCUCGGAAUCCAAAAUGCAGUGCAACACAUUCAAAAUCUUGAAAAAUGCUAACGCUACGUACUUGGACAUGUGGCUUCAAAGGGACAAACAUUUUUACCAUAUUUCUGUAAAUAAAACUCACACAUCAGUCCAUGUGCCUACAAACGUCUUUGAUGGAAGCAACGAGACGAAAGAUGUGUUGGUAUGGUCUGAAAAAUUGGAUUCAGUAUUUGUGAAAAAUUAUAAAAAAGAUCCAGCAUUAUCAUGGCAAUAUUUUGGUUCAGAAACAGGAGUGCUAAGGCAUUUUCCAGCUAAAUCAUGGGAGGAUCGUGAUACUUCUUCAUUAGUUGAUGUGUAUGAUUGUCGAAAACGUUCUUGGUAUAUCGAGACAGCCACUUGUUCAAAAGACAUAGUAAUUCUCCUCGAUCGCACUGGUUCAAUGUUUGGCUAUUUGGGAUUCUUGGCCAAACUAACCAUCAAGAGCUUGUUGGAUACUUUUUCGAAUAAUGAUUUCUUCAAUAUAUAUACAUUUUCCGCAAAUGUGACGCCACUUGUCGAAUGUUUUAAAGAUGAACUGGUUCAAGCCACUCCAGAAAACAUCGACGUAUUUAAUAAUAGAAUGCUACACUUCAAGGACUUAAUUGAUGGUUAUGCAAAUGAAACAGCCAUAAAGAAUGCCACUAUUGUUGCAUUUGACUUGCUAAAAAAAUAUAGAGAUGAACGGAAUUGCGAUGAAAAUCCCUGUAAUCAAGCAAUUAUGUUAAUCACAGAUAAUAUUCAAGGGAAUUUCACAGAUACAUUCAAAAAGCAUAAUCGAGUAAAUGGAACUAGAGCGCCUGUACGAAUAUUUACAUAUUUGCUAGGGAAAGAUCAAAGCAACGUGAAAGAAAUGAAAAGUAUUGCUUGUUCGAAUCGGGGCGAAUUUUCACAUAUUCAAACCUUAGAUGAAGUUCAAGAAAAAGUUCUCGAUUAUGUAUCGACCAUAGCAAAGCCGCUUGUUUUGCAAGGUGUGAAACAUCCGCCAACUUGGACGCAUGCAUUUAAAGAUGUUACGUAUCGUGAUGAAGAGACUUACGAACCAGAAAAUGGCAAAAAAGUUGAAAACCUACCGCCACGAUUGAUGAUCGCUGUUGGUGUACCAGCCUAUAAAAUAAACUCUACAAACGGUACCCGCGAGUAUACUGGACUUUUAGGCGUCGCAUCGACAGACGUACCUGUCGAUGACAUUGAUAAGCUAACACUUCCAUACAAGCUGGGUGUGAAUGCAUAUCCGUUCAUUGUUAGUAACAACGGCUACGUACUACUUCAUCCAGACCUUCGUCCAAUGGAAAUUUUCAAAAUGAAAGAAUCAGAAGAAAUUGAAGAUCCACAAUGUCCAGGAAAUACCAACAAAACUGAAUGCGUUUACCUCAAAACAAAUUAUAAUAGUAUUGAUUUCACUGAAGUGGAGCAAAUUGAUGAAAAUAUAGAGGAAACCUAUAAUGGCACAGAAAACGAAUUUCGACCACCAAUUGGACCUAUUUUAAUAGAGUUACGUCGGCUAUCAUUGAGUCAUUCAGUGGAAAAAAUGUUGAAUGUUUCCGUGCGUUUUCAUUACGACAAAAUGCGUCGAAUAUCUGAAGAAAAAUAUGAUUAUUAUUUUGCCCCAUUGAAUUCAACACCGUUCACACUUGGAUUGGCAAUCCCCAGUACAUAUGGACAAACUCUAAUAAAAGUAGGUCAUGAGAUUCAGAAUAACAUAAACAGAAAACGAAAUAUGUCAGACCUGUUCGUUGGACAAAAUUGGAAAGUUCAUCCCGACUGGGUCUACUGCAAAUUCCACUACAUGGAAUAUCAAUCAUUUGAAAACUCCGAAGAAGAAUUACUCUAUUUUGUCAGAUCUUUCCAUAAUGAAACAUGGAAAUGGUCAGAUCAAUAUGGAGCCGAUUUAACGCAUGGCGGCACAGAUGAAGAACAUCCAAACUGUGAACAGGAAACAACAGAUAAGAUUGCUGGGUAUUAUUGCAAUAAAGAGUUGGUUGAAUUGCUAGUUUUUGAUGCCAGAGUUACAAAUACGAGCUACGGAACUUGGAAAUUUGAAAGCAAAGAAGCUGAAGAUUUAAUCAAUACAUAUAAUGCGACAUUACGUUUUGUAGCUACAAUGAGUGGCUUAACGCGGUGGCAAUUUAUUUUUGGCGAAAAUGAAGUUGAAGGAGACAAAGAGUUUGGUGACUACUAUACUAAAGCAAUUGAUGAAACAUGGUAUAAGAGUGCUGUAUUACAACACAAGAGCGAUAAUGAAAGCUUUGUGUAUGCAGUACCACAUGAUGAUAAAGAUGAAGAUAAAGAAGAGGGUGAUAUAAAAGUGAUGGCAUCUCAUGCAAUUUUCCGUAUGGAUGCCGGAAAAGAAGCACCGGGAUGCGUUGUUGGGUUUCAAUUCACUCAACAAUCAAUGUACAAACGCUUCAAGGAAAUAACAUCACAAACUACGUGUGAGCAUUGUUUGCAGUGUGACAAUGAUAUAUAUGCUUGCUAUGUUAUCGAUAAUAAUGGGUAUAUUAUACUAUCCAACGAUUCUGAUGAUACUGGCCGAUUUUUUGGAGAGGUGCAAUCCAAGGCAAUGCAAACUCUAGUCACUUUGCAGAUUUUUAAAGCGAUCACUGUGUAUGAUUAUCAAGCGGUUUGUAAAGUUCCAAAAGGGGGCCAUAGCACAACAUCUUUUGCGACCGUAUUUUCGACUCCUUUCCGAUUGAUGAAAAAUUAUCUGCAAUGGAUUAUUACGGAGACCAUUUUAUCGAUGGCCAGUAUGAAUGUAUGGACAUAUGCAGAAAUCAACAACAAUACAAUGGGAGAAAACCAAGAGGGAACAAUACAUACGAGCAAGGCAGUGUAUGAGCUUGAGCCUUGCGAUGAAGUGGCUACACUUUAUGUUAUGCAACAGAAAUUUGAUACUCCUACAUUCGAGACCACGGAUUGGCUAUAUUUCAGUCGAAUCAAACUAUCGAAUUUACUGUUGGUCGUGGUGCGGCAUGAGGUCCAUAAUUUUCCACCAAUCGGUGCCGAGGCGAAGCGAAAUAAUUAUACCUUCUCCGACGAUCAUAUUUUCCCUUGUCAUAAAAAGAAACUGAACAAACUGCAAAGACGGAGAUUAGACGAUUGUUUCACCGAAGAUUGUCGCGAGUAUGAAAUGAAUGUUUGCUCUGACAGUUAUAUACUCCAUGCAGAUUUUAGCUUUAACCUUUUUAUAAUAUGUUUAUUGGUGGUUUUGAACAUAAAACUAUGUGAAUUUAUAUGAUGUUCGUAAAAGCGCGGAAAAAAUCGACAAGAAAUAUCCAAAUUUGUUUUAUGAACGUUUUUUUGAUUAGCAGAGAAAGAUUUAUUUAUAAUUGUACAGUGUACAUUGAAGCAAAAUCAGAGAACUCUGCAUAAUGGAUGUGUAUGCAUAGUUAUGUCAUUUAUAUUUUUUGGCAUAUGUCAACCAAAACUGAUAAAAAAUUGUGAAGAAAAUGUGCCGUAUAUUUUAAGAAAAUUCAAUAAAAAUGACCAAAUCAACAA